AUGGCAUUAGAAUCACUAGAUUUUUCUGAUUGUGGGCUCGAAGGCCAACUGCCGGCCUCCUUAGGAAUGUUAACAAGUUUGCAGCAUCUACACCUUUCGAGCCUCUUACUUUGGGGUUCAAUUCCAGAAUCUAUUGGAAACUUGUCAUCCUUGAAAACACUGGACCUCUCUAGUAGCAAUUUGAAUAGCUCCAUUCCAAAAAGUUUGGGAAAACUCUCCCAGCUAGUUGAACUGGAUCUAUCAAAUAAUUCAUGGGAAGGCAUUCUAACGGAAGCCCAUUUCAUAAAUCUCACCAGUUUAAAAGAUAUUUCAAUAUUAAAUUCUUAUAGAGAGAUGCCCGUGUCUCUCCUUUUAAACGUGGCUUAUGAUUGGGUUCCUCCUUUCAAGCUCCACAUACUUCACAUUGGAGGCUGCAGAGUAGGUCAUUGUUUUUGGGCAUUGAUUCAAUCUCAGACUGAACUAGUCUAUAUUAGCCUUUAUAAUACUUUCAUCUCAGAUUCCAUAGAGGAAUGGUUGUCGAAGAUAUCUUCCCAAGUCAAAUAUUUGGAUUUAUCUUACAACAACUUCAGUGGAAGGCUUCCAUCACAAUUAAAGUUUCCAAAGCUACAGAGUAUCAAUUUGGGUCAUAAUCAAUUGGAAGGCCCACUUCCACUUUGGCCCACUAAUGUCAUCUCCCUUGAUCUUCAAAGCAAUUUAUUUUCCGGUCCAAUUCCCUCCAAUUUAGACCAAUUGAUGCCCAAAUUGAUAUAUUUGGAUGUUUCUGAGAAUCAUUUGAAUGGUACUAUUCCACUCUCUAUUUGCAACAUGAAGGAUAUGUAUGUCAUUUCGCUAAGAAACAAUCAACUAUUUGGAGAGUUCCCUCAACGGUGGAGUUUGUGGAGUGGAAUAAACAUUAUUGAUGUCUCACACAACAAUCUUUCUGGUAAUAUUUCGAGUUCAAUGGGUAUGCCAAGUUCUCUUGAAAUAUUUAAGGUGAAUAAUAAUAAUUUUAGUGGUGAGAUUCCUUUUUCCUUACAAAAUUGCACUUCUUUGAUCAUACUUAAUCUUGGAGGCAACAAAUUCACUGGAAACCUACCUUUAUGGAUUGGAUCAAAUGUAUCCACCUUGGAAGUGUUACAACUGCGAUCCAACCUUUUAAGCGGGCAUAUCCCUCCCCAUUUCUGCAAUCUUCCACACCUUCACGUCCUAGACCUUGCUCACAACAACUUUUCAGGGACCAUUUCUAAGUGUCUAAAAAAUAUGACUUGUCUAGUUGAAGUCAAUGAUACAUGCCAAAGAUUCACCUUGUAUGAAGGCUAUGAUGGAAAAACAACAAUAACGUCAAAAGGGAAAGAGCUCGAAUAUGGGGAUGACAAGUUAGCCAAGUGGGGAAACAUGAUUGAUCUUUCGUCAAACAAUUUUGAAGGUGAAAUCCCUGAACAA